GCCGCGGAUGGCGUCACUGCUGCGCGCCGCCCGCGCUCGGCAUGGCGGCGGUCAGCAUGCGGCUGCCGGUGGCCCGCAAAGCGGCGGGGCCGAGCGCCCCCCGCGGCGGCGAGAAGCACCUGGUGGCUCCGGGGGACACGAUCACCACGGACACGGGCUACAUGAGGGGCCACGGCACCUACGUGGAGGAGGAGAAGCUGAUCGCCUCGGUGGCCGGCGCGGUGGAGCGGGUGAACAAGCUGGUGUGCGUCAAGGCGCUGAAGACCAGGUACAACGGCGAGGUCGGCGACAUCGUGGUGGGGAGGAUCACGGAGGUUCAGCAGAAGCGAUGGAAAGUGGAAACAAAUUCCAGGCUCGAUUCAGUCCUGUUGCUGUCGUCCAUGAAUUUGCCUGGUGGGGAACUGAGAAGGAGGUCAGCAGAAGAUGAGCUUGCAAUGAGAGACUACCUGCAGGAAGGGGACCUCAUCAGUGCAGAGGUGCAGUCUGUGUUCUCUGAUGGGGCUGUCUCGCUGCACACCCGCAGCCUCAAGUACGGCAAGCUUGGCCAAGGUGUGCUCGUCCAGGUCUCGCCCUCCCUUGUGAAACGCCAGAAGACUCACUUCCACGACCUGCCCUGUGGGGCAUCUGUCAUCCUUGGCAACAAUGGCUUCAUCUGGAUCUACCCAACCCCAGAGCAGAAGGAUGAAGAGGCUGGGGGCUUCACCACCAACCUGGAGCCAGUUCCCUUGUCUGACCGGGAGGUGAUCUCGCGGCUGCGAAACUGCGUCGUGGCUCUGGUCACUGAGAAGCUGAUGCUGUUUGACACCAGCAUCCUGUACUGCUAUGAAGCAUCCCUCCCCCAUCAGAUCAAGGACAUUCUCAAACCAGAGGUGAUGGAGGAGAUUGUUCUGGAAACCCGUCAGAGGCUGCUGGAUCUGGAGGGAUAGGGCACAUGGCCAGCAGCAGUCAUCUGAAGUCCCAGCAUGGCAGCUUUGAACUCUCAGUCUUACCUUUUUCCUCCUCUGCAGUGUUCUGGUCCCUAACAUUCAUUGCACUCUUCAGAAGCCACCAAAGUUCCCCUUUUUAACUCCUAGGAUACCUCCAGAGCCCUUGCAGGACAGCAGCACUCAACAGCCUUUCGGUGCAGCAGCCUGGCAAAUUCAUCCCUGCCCUUUAUGAAGGUGCAGGUUCAACUGGCACACAUCUCAUAGCACUUGUGGUUGUGUCUUGGUGCCCCUGAACUUGGUGCAGAAUGCUGGAGGGCAGGGGAUGUGUUUUGUGAUGUUUCUCUGGGCCCAGAGGCUUUCUCAGUGGUUUGGGUUGUCCUUUCCUGCAGUACAGCUCUGCCAGGAAGGCCUCUGGGUGUUUUUCUCCUUCAGACUGCAGGUGCCAGGUACAAGGCUUUAGAGGACAGAGGUGUCCACACUCUUGUUAACCACGUUUUGGGUCUGUUUGUGGCCUCAGUGCCUCAAGGGUGUGAGGUUGGAUGUGGCCUGGUGUGGCUGUCUCCAGCAGCCGUGGGCAAGCUGCUUGUGUCCUGAUGGUCCCUUUUUAUGCCUGGUGUGAGGAGCUCCUCCUCUGAGGAGGCCCAGGGCUGUCUUCUGUUACAGACUUUACCUGAAAAUAAAUGUUUUGAACAGAUCA